AUGGACGGUUCGACGACGUCCGUGCCGACCAAGGUCACGAUCGAAGAUUUCGAUCUGCUCAAGGUCCUCGGGAAGGGCAGCUUUGGCAAGGUCAUGAUGGUCCGCAAGAAGGACACGCAGAAGAUUUACGCCAUGAAGACGCUGCGAAAGGCGGCGCUCAUCAAGCGCAACCAGCUCGGCCACACGAAAACGGAGCGCAACAUUUUGCAGACGAUCAAGCACCCGUUCCUUACGACGCUCUCGUACGCGUUCCAGACGCCGGAGAAGCUGUACCUCGUCAUGGACUACUGCUCGGGCGGCGAGCUCUUUUUCUGGCUCAAGAAGGACCGGCGCUUCUCCCAGAGCAAGGCGCGCCUCUUCGCGGCCGAGAUCCUCCUCGCGCUCGAGGAGCUGCACAACCACGACAUCAUCUACCGCGACUUGAAGCCCGAAAACAUCUUGCUCGACAGCGAAGGUCACAUUCGCCUCACGGACUUUGGCCUUUCCAAGGAAGCCGUCACGGGCGCUGGCGCCACGUUCUGCGGUACGCCCGAGUACUUGGCGCCCGAGAUUCUCGAAAACAAGGGUCACGGCAAGGCCGUCGACUGGUGGAGCUUGGGCACGCUCAUCUACGAAAUGCUCACGGGCCUCCCGCCGUUUUACGACCAAAACAUGCAGCGCAUGUACGACAAGAUCAUCAACGCGCCGCUGCGGUUCCCGUCGUUCAUGUCGGCGGAAGCCAAGAGCCUGUUGACGGGCCUCUUGCAGCGCAAGGUGUCGGACCGUCUUGGUAGCGGCCCGACCGACGGCGCCGAGAUCCGCAACCACCCGUUCUUUGCGGGCAUGGACUGGGACCAGGUCUACCGCAAGGAGACGACGCCCGAGUUCAAGCCGCCGAACCGCAUGGGCUCGAUCGACACGAGCAACUUUGACCUUGAAUUCACGGGCGAGAAGCCCGUCGACUCGGUCGUGACGACCAACCUCAGCGAGACGCAGCGCAACAAGGCCAACUUUGCCGGCUUUACGUACAACGCCGAAAACGAGAUGGACAAGUAG